AGAAACACUCUAUUGGUAAUAAUCAUACACAAUUAAAUAAUUAUUACGGAGUAAUUUUUUUAUAAAUAUACGGAGUAAUUCAUACUGCAUUUUUUCUUUUUCCCAUCUCUUCAUCAUUUUUUUCCAGCCAAAGAGCUUCCUCGUUCGCGACUGCCUAAUCAGAACCCUAUGCAGCCGCAAAUGCUCCGUGCAUUGCACGCUCUCUCUCUACCGCCACCCAGUUCCGCUGCCAUACUCCCCUCACCGCCUUCAUGCGGCGGUUCCUCCGUCGCGUCCUGCCGCUAUAGUUGUCGCAGGAAACUCUCGCCUUCCAUUUCCUUCUCUUAUAGACCCCUCAAUCUCUCCACAAUUUCCGGUGGAGUUAAACCGAUGACUUUAAACUCCGUCGCGCCUUCCGGUGAUACCAGAACCGCAGAUUCGGAACUAUCUCCCGACGAGCUCGAUCGAUUUGUCCGCGUGGGAAACAAGAUGGCCGACGCUGCCGGAGAUGUCAUUCGCAAUUACUUCCGGAAGAGCUUCGACAUCCUUGACAAAGAGGAUUUGAGUCCUGUUACUAUUGCUGAUCGAGCUGCCGAAGAAGCAAUGGUGAAAAUAAUUCAGGAGAAUUUCCCUUCUCACGCAAUCUAUGGCGAGGAGAGUGGAUGGAAAUGUAAAGAGGAGGUGGCCGAUUUUGUUUGGGUUUUAGAUCCAAUAGAUGGGACGAAGAGUUUUAUUACUGGGAAGCCUGUUUUUGGAACUCUCAUAGCUCUGUUGCACAGAGGUAAACCGAUUCUUGGCAUAAUUGAUCAGCCUGUCUUAAGAGAAAGGUGGAUUGGAAUAAGUGGGAGGUGUACUACUUUGAAUGGGCAAGAAGUUUGUGUGCGAAGUUGUGAAAAUCUUUCCCAAGCCUACCUGUAUUCAACCAGCCCACAUCUGUUUUAUGGAGAGGCUGAGGUUGCCUUUGCUCGGCUUACAAGUAAGGUGAAAGUGCCACUCUACGGAUGUGAUUGCUAUGCCUAUGCACUUCUGGCCUCUGGUUUCGUGGAUCUUGUGAUCGAUUAUGGAGUGAAGCCAUAUGAUUUCUUGGCACUGAUACCAGUGAUAGAAGGUGCUGGCGGAGUUAUCACAGACUGGGAAGGUCGCCAACUUAAUUGGGAGGCGUCCUUGGGAUCACCCGCCACAAGCUUCAACAUGUUGGCAGCUGGUGACGACCGAGUUCAUCAACAAGCACUGGACUCCCUUCAAUGGCACUGAAUAGUAGAUGAGACUUCACAUUUAUGAUUCAGCUAAUAAAUUUAUUUAUUGCUUAAGAAUUGAGACCGCCUGCCUGCUCUUUUUUGGGACCUUCCAUUUGUAUUUGCAUUUUUUAAAAAAAAUUACGUGUGUUUCUUCUUAUAAUCAAUCAAUUUGAUUCAUAUAA